GUAGCGGACGACAGCACAAAAAAAAAGGAAAACGAUUGACACACGCAGACUGAGGGUGCAUCUUUGUCAGCCGUUUGGUGGUAGUUAUUUCCUUUUCAAGCCCGCAAAGCCAAGCUUUCAAUGACGAUGGAAAAUCAGGAAGAAAUUUUGAUGCUGCUGGAGCGCUUUACCAAAUCGAAGCAGAAGGACAUACCGCGCGAGCUCGAGGACUAUCUGAACUUUGUCGCCCGGACGGGCGAUACGCUGUACCGUUGGGUGCUGGUGAAGCCGCUGUUCCGGGAAAAGCUGGUCAACGUAAUUACGGACUUUCAUCACAGCACGCCAAGCAUCGCAGAUAUUCCCCAAUGUCCCAACGUCGAUCCGUUCAACUUCGAACGAAUGAAGCGAGCGCUGCUGGAGCGGCUCGACUCCUUCAAUUCCGCACCGUUCACGGUGCAGCGUAUCUGCGAGCUGCUGACGGAACCACGCAAACAGUACACACGCAUUGAUAAGUUUAUGCGCGCGGUGGAAAAGAAUAUUUUGGUCGUAAGCACGCAGGAACCGGGUCGCCGCCGCAGUGACAGCGAGAACGGCGAUUCGCUCGACUCGAUCGUGAACGGUGAUCUGGAGGUGAACGUUGACAUCGAAAUGGACAACGAGCAGUUCCAUCUCGAAGCGGACGCCCUGCUGCCGGACUCGAGCGACCCUGUCAGCUCGCUGCACAGUUCGCUCGCGGACUCGGUUGGGUCGUCGCAGCGAUCGGGCGAAGUCGGAAGCGAACUGAACGGCGGCGGCGGCUUCAUGAGCACGACCGACGCCGGCAGUCAAACCAUCGGAAAAAGUGGGCUGAACUCGGACGGUCAUCAGAGCGUUAUUGAUACGAACGAAAACGCUACCGACGGCGAUAUAGCCGCACCAAUGCUUGAGGCUUCCGUUGAAUCAUCCUCCACGACAACUCACGAACCAACCGGAAAGGAAGAGGAAAACGAAAGAGCUGCCCCGCCAAAAGAGACACCACAGAACGUGGAUGAAGCGGUCAACAACACGGACACACCACCCACCGCACAGACGGUUCGGGAGGAAGAAAUCACGGCCGCGCCGGAAGGUUUGGACGAAGCAGCAGCUAAAGAACCACACCAGGAAGACUCAGUAAAGGGAGCCGUGGAAGGGGAGCAUGAGGAGAAGGUGGAACAAAUCAAAUCUCAACCUGUUCCGCCGGAGGGUGCCGCCGGAGUAGAUGAAAAGGCCGGCAGUACAACGGCGGAAGUGGCUCAGGAAGACGAUGAUGAGCCGAAAGCCAAAAUGAUCAAGUACGACGACGAUGACGCGCAGGUUGCAGCGUCAUCGGUCUCGUCCGGCACCACCAGCGUAAUCAAAGCCGAUGUCCAUGCGUCCGAUGUUGUCGAUGAAGCGCCGGCUGACGACCCCUUAACCAACUCGAAAGCAGUCGUGGACGAAGUAAUAAAAGCCGAUGGCGACCGCGCCGCGACGGUGGAAUCGGUCGUCGUACCUGACGCGGUGGAACCGGAGGCAGACGGAGCGAUCCCAAGCGGCGAACCGGCCGUCGGCAACAAUUCUGAUCUUAAAGAACAUUCCAAAAGUGACGAAGCCGAAUCAGUGGCAGCAACAGUGCCAACUUCCGUCGCACCAGAACCAACUGCGGAGGUGGUUCCGCAGCAAAAAGCCGGCGAACCAACCGAACCAACAACUUCCACCACAACGCAGGCAGCUUUGGCCGAGAUGGAAGCAUCAUCGUCCUGCGUAGAACCGACGACGAGCCAAGUCGUAGAAGCCGCCGAUGUUGCGCCGACCACCUCGCAAGAGCUAGAAAUGGAACUGGCAACGGUCGCUGGUCUCACUUCCGCGCCGGCCCCAGCUGCAGCUGCUGCCGCUUCCGAAAAUGUCGUGGUGGAAGAGGUGGACAUGGCAGGCGAACCGGGCCAACCGACAGAGAUGGCCGCCGAGGAGGACGCCAAGCCGGACGAUAACGUGAUGGACAUUGACGAAUCGAGCGUCGAGAUGAUGGAUCAGUAGUAGUAGCGGCAGCUCGAUCUCCCGAGGAAUCCUCCCCACGGCCGUGAUGGGACGAGGGGGACGGGGUGACGAUGGUGUGCUCUGCGGAAGCGGUUAACCCGACGUCUCUCUCUCUCUCUCUGUUGUAUUAACGCUAAUCUUAAUGGAAUCGAUUUUUUAAACCGGACAAAUAAACUCAAAUAACUUCACCAAACGUCAA